AUGAACGCCCUGCAGCAAUAUUCGCAAACCGCGCUGGCGCGGCUGCCCGAGCCCGCCCAGCAGCUGUUGCGCACCCCGCUGGCCCAGAAAGCGCUCGGAGUCGUCAUCGCCCUCACCCUGCUCCGCUCCACCAACAACUUCUUGUCGCGCUGGACCAUGAACAACUGGCGGCGCAAUGAGCCCUGGCGCUCUGAGCGGGAGCUCAUCCUCAUCACCGGCGGCAGCAGCGGCAUUGGCAAGCAGGUUGUAGAAGAUCUCGCUAAGACUGGCGUACGCAUUGUGAUACUGGACAUCAAUGAGCCUACCGAGGCGUUGCCCGCAAAUGUGUCAUUCUAUCGCGCCGAUAUCACCUCGUCUGCGAGCAUCGCCGACGUGGCGGCGACCAUUCGGAGCAACCAUGGUGAGCCGACUGUCCUGGUCAACAACGCUGGUGUAGGCCAUGAGGGCACGAUCCUCGAGGAGCCCGAGGCGAAGAUCCGCCAGACCUUUGAGGUUAAUACGAUUGCGCAUUUCCUGAUGGUCAAGGAAUUCCUGCCAGCCAUGGUUCGGGCCAACCACGGCCAUGUCGUGACCAUUGCCAGCAUGGCCAGCUUUGUCGCACUGGGCGAGAUGGCCGACUACUGCUGCACCAAGGCGAGUGCCUUGGCCUUCCACGAGGCCUUGCGUCAGGAGCUUCGCUACUGGUAUAAGGCGCCGAAUGUGCGCACCAGCGUUGUCCACCCGCUGUGGGUGCGCACGCCCAUGAUCAAGGUCCUGACCGACAACGAAGUCCACUUCCGCCAGCCCAUCAUGACGCCCCAGGUUGUUUCCGACGCCAUUUGCAAACAGAUCUUGACGCAGAGCAGCGGCCAGGUGAUCCUGCCCGCCAGUCAGUCCAUCGCCAAGAUUGUGCGCGCUAUGCCCAACUGGAUGCAGGAGGGCGUGCGGUCACUUGUCUCUGGCAAUAUGCACCACAUGCGCCAAUGCCAGCAGCGCGACCAGCAGCAGGGCAAAUAG